AUGGCACGGAUCGGAAUCAGGUUGGCCUUUUCCAUUGUCGUAACUGUAGUUGCACUCUCGGCAUUUGCUACGGCAACGGAAUAUAUUGUUGGCGAUGACUCCGGGUGGACUCUUGGUUUUGAUUAUGCGACAUGGGCGGAAGGCAAAAAAUUCCGCGUAGGAGAUACUUUAGUUUUCAACUACACUGAGGGAGACCACACCGUCGUGAAAGUGAAUGGCACCGGCUUCGCUAGCUGCAGUAAAUCGCCAAACUCGGGCGUUCUCGCGAGUGGUAGCGAUCGAGUCACCUUGACCACCACUGGCAACAAGUGGUACAUUUGCGGAGUUGGCUCCCACUGUGACAACGGCCAGAAGUUGAAGAUCACUGUCCUUCCCAAAAUGAUGCUUGGAUCACCUGCGCCAGCACCAGAUACCUCCUUCCCAUGGGGACCAUUACUUCCAAACACGCCUGUGAUGCCACCUACAGUCGAAACUCCGGGCUCUGGGUGGGCCUCAGAGGGAUCACAUGAUCCAAAAUGGGAGGUGGAGGCACCUGCACCUGCACCCGCAUCAUAUAUCUCCUUCACAUGGGGGCCAUUACUUCCAACCACGCCUGUGAUGCCACCUACAGUCGAAACUCCAGGCUCUGGGUGGGCCUCCGAGGAAUCACAUGGUUCAAAAUGGGCGCCACCAGCACCAUCACCAGAUACGUCUUUCCCAUGGGAGCCAUUGAUUCCAACCACGCCUGUGAUGCCACCUAUGGUGGAAACUCCAGCCUCUGGGUGGACCUCAGAGGGAUCACAUGGUCCAAAAUGGACGGUACCUGCACCAGCACCAGACACGUCUUUCCCAUGGGAGCCAUUGAUUCCAACCACGCCUGUGAUGCCACCUAUGGUGGAAACUCCGGGCUAUGGGUGGGCAUCAGAGGAACCAAAAUGGGCUGAGAUGGCACCUGCACCUACUCCAUGGGUGCCGUCGAUGCCACCAUCACCUGGGAUUUGGUCGGUCCCAGAGGCGCCCCCGCCAUUGCCGUUGUGGAUACCAUCAGAACCCGUGACAUCACCACAGCCAGUUGAGUAAGUCAUCCCAUAGAUGUCAUCAGAACCCCUCCGAAGCAAUACUAAUGGAACCCACCGGAGCUGGGGUUAGAACCUUGGUGGUGGGUAGUGCGUGAAGAGAUGAGGUUGUGCGUUUUUUAUAAUCUAAACUAUUGAGUAUUUUGUUUCUUUCCUUUUAUAUAUUCUAAGUUAGCAAUAAACAUUCCAUUGAUGUUUUAUGGAAGUCCUGAGCUCUGGCUUCGGCAUUCGAGAUUCUAAAAUGAGUUUAUGUCAAAUGAGCUAUUCUUUUCUUCCUUUCAUGUGUUGAUGAAAUCGUCAUCUCUCUCUCACACGCACAUACGUGCAUGGAUACGUCGUCGCUCAUUGAUCUUCCCUUAACUAUAAUAAUGGCUAUUUUGUUUUAGGUUAUGGGUCGGGUCUUCUUCUUUUUCUUUUUUUUUUUCACACGC